AUGAAUAAUUUACCAUUUAAUAAAUGGACCCUGAGCUUCAUUAACAAAUAAUAUGAAGAUCUUUAUGAAGCUGAGAUGAAUAAAUACAGACAAUCAUACUUUAGAAUUAUAGAAAUAAUCAUUUUACUAUUGUGCAUCCUCUUCUUCAUAUUUAAUUUGCUGGAUGGGCGAUAAAUUAUUGUAAUGGUGACUUUAGCAUUUUCAAGUUUAGUAAUUUUCUUAGCUUUAAUUUAUGGUCAGAAAUUAGCAUCGAAAGUUAGAUAUUAUUACUUUUUAAUGUAUAUGACAUCUUUAGCAGUAAGCUUGUAUGUUGCAUCUCAAAGUUCGUAAAAGUAAUUUGUAGUUCUAAUUAUAUAAGAUCACCAUUUCUUUAUGGAUAUUCAUCUGCUACUAUUGCAAUAAUACAAUUCCUCUUUAGUCAUUUUAAAUUAAGACUAUUAACUCUUUUAAUAGUUCCAGCAGUCCAACUUUAUAUUUUAGAUGUAUUUACUGUCUAAGAUUUUGGAUAUAUUAUCCUAACCUUUAUGACACAAUUUUUGAUAUUACUAUAUUCUCAUUAUAAUGAAUUCAUGUUUCGCUUGGCCUUCUCUUAUAUGAUCUACAAUCUUAAAUUGAAGUAAAUACAUAUAUUUUAUAAUAAGAGACAUAACUUAGGAAUAUAUACCACAUUCCUUUUUAGCACUUAGUCUUAAUGUUAGAACUAACUCAUUCUAAUUAGAAUUUCAAAAUUAAAUUAGUUUAACAAACUUAAAUGUUGAAGAUACAAAAACUUUAAUUGAAAUGAUGAGAAAUAUUUAUGUUGUUCCAAAAGGUUAAAUACCAACUUGUGUUGAUUUAUAAAACAUUAAUAUAUAAAGAUCAGGUGAUUUAUCAAUGAGAAGAUUAGCUAAUAAGAAAUAAACCUUAGAGGAAUUUGCAUUUUAUAAGAUUAAAUAAAAUUUAUAAGAUGAGCAAUAAUAACCAAAUGAACAGAGUGAAUAAAUGGAAGGAGUGUUUUAUAAUUAGGUGAAAGAAAAAAAUAUAAUUGUCAGUAUAGAUAUCAAAACUAUUAAUUAUGGCAAAAAUUAUUUACUUAUUAUUAUUAAGGAAGAAAAAUAACCUUAAAUGUUGUCUAAGAGUGAAGAAUAAAUUCGAUUCUUAAGUAAAGUUAUUUAAUAUGCUGCCAAUCAACUUUCAGCAUCACAUUAACAUUUGUAUAAUGAAAUAAUUGGAUUAAAAUUAGGUUCAUUGGAUACUAAUAAAUUUUGGUAAAUCAAAUGUAUUAAUUUAUCCAUUAUGAAUCAUUUUUAAAACUUUUAUUUUUUUGUUAAUUCCACUUAAAUUGAUAGUUUUUUGGCAACUUAUAACAAAUUUAAUAUCAAACACUUUCUUAUUAACUUACAAUAACAUUUUUCAUAUAUCAGUAUGAAAUAAAAAAAGAAAUUUCUUUAUUAAUUAAAUCUAGAUGAUUUUAUGAUUAAAGUAAACUCUAAAUUCCUUUCAUAAAUUAUAAUUAACAUUUAUGAAUAAUGUCUGAAGUAAUCUGAUUCCAAUUCUACUAUUAAUCUAAAUGUUACAAAUGAAUUGAAUCUUAAUCCAUUACAUAAUAACAUCAUUUAAAAGAAUUGUCUUUAAGAAUUAGAUUUUAUUGUAAAAGUUGCUGAAGAUUCAUAAGAAAGUCCUACUAAAAUAGAAUUUUUAAAACUUAUCAAAUUUGAGUUCACUUUUUUUUCAAGCACAUAAGUUGAUUUAUAAUCAGAUAAUACUCUAAUUUUGAAUCCAUAAACAUAUGAAGAUUUUCAUUUCAACAAUAAUUAAGAAUUUUAAUUAAAUCAUCCUAUUACAAAAUUUUUACUAAAGAAAAUUGGACCCUAUAAUACUAUUUAAUAUUCUUAAAAUAUCUAUUGUGAUCAAUAAUGUUAAUAAGCAUUAAUUGUUUUCCCUUCAAUGAUGGAUUUGAUAUAAUAAAAAACCUUAUAUUAAAAUUAGAUUAGCUUCUACAUUUACACAGAUUAAACUUAGUUGACACAAUCAUUCAUAAAAUAUGCAUAAUAGAAAUCAUUUUUAUAACCUUGA